AUGAAUUCAACUCGCCAUGGGGCAGCUGAGGUAGACGAGCCGGACCUCUCAAUGGAGCUGGCCGGCUCCCUUCAGCGAUGUCUAGAGGCUCUCGAGCUGGAGUUCUCGAAAGAGGUUCGGAAGCUCGAAGCGCCAUGUGACGACUUGGAGGACGAGAUCCAGUGCGUCCAGCUGAAAUUUGCGGAUGCUGCUGCCUCUGAAAUUGUCGCCCUUCUCCGCAGCUUCAACCCGGAGCUCGAAGAGGACGAUCUUUCGCACGAUGUCCACAGCAUCAUCCACACCCAGUCGGUGGUUGGCCGUUUGAGCACGCCAAUGCUGGCUGCGUUGAGAAGCUUCGUGCCGCUGAAACGCGGCGACUGGCUAGCCCGAGAUAUUGAGAGACAUCUUUUUCGCCAGCGACGGCGGCAGCAAUCCGCGUGGCGGAAGGCUCUUGCCAUGUUGCGCCGGAGAGGGCGCAGCGUGGCCAAGGACGGGCAGUUGCGUGCCACGGCGUUGGGUGUCGCCGCUGGAGCAGCGCUGGGUGGCAGUGGCGCCGGAGCCUUGGGCCUCGUGGCUGGCGGCUCUUUUGGAGCCGUAUGCGGGCUGCUGCCCGCGCUGGUGACCUUCGGCGUCUCGGUGCCCACCGGUGCAAUUUUGGGCGGCACGACCGGCCUUGUCACAGGUGCAGCUGCUGGAGGAGCCGCUGGUGCCGUCGGUGGCGGCAUCGUGGCCCGUGUGGGCUGGGUCCGGCGAUCACAGCUCGAGCGCAGUGCCAACGCUGCUUGGGCCAAGGUCCACAGCCUGGCAGGGAGCGUCCCGGGACUCCGACACUGUCGGACCGCGGCCCCCGGUGGGACGGGCGGCACAGACUGA